CGCCAAUAUCCCAGCUGUUGCUAGCUGUCCCUAAUCCACCCCCAUGUGACCCACCACCACCUCUACUCCCUUCCUCCUCUCUACCUUCCACACCUCUGGGCCUUUAAAAUAAAAUGUAUUCUGAAAAAGGGAAUUUAAGACAUCAAACUAACAUCCAUCAUGAUGUUGUUCUCUUGCUUCCUUUCUUGCUAGUGCUUUGCUAGCUGCUCCUCUUAUAUCUCCUCCAUUUCUUACAUACUGAGAGUCGUUUUCGGACUACCCUCCCAGAUUUUCUCUCAUUACAUUCUUUUCUUAGUAUCAGUUAGUUCUGUUCUCGAUCUUUUAUACUCGGUGUGUUUUAAAUCAUUGUUAGAUUAUUAUACCCUUUUGCUUAAUUUCUUUGGUCUGUUUCAGUUGUUGGAUAUCAUAUACCCUUCUCUCUGCAGUUAUAUAUUAUACAGUAGCCCAUUUUAUCUGUCUAGCCUUGUUUUAAGGUUUUGAGAGAAUUAACAUGGCUCAAUUGCCUCCCAAAAUACCUACUAUGGCUCCAAAUUGGCCUCCAUUUCCUCAACAAACAAUGCCCAGUUAUCUGUCCAAUGCUCACGCCGCCACCGUCACCCCCGCCAUUGUUGACAACCAUCAACCCUCCUGGGUUGAUGAAUUCUUGGACUUCACCUCCGCCAGACGCGGCGUCCACCGCCGGUCUAUAAGCGAUUCUAUUGCAUUUCUCGAGACGAGUACAACGCCCCUUGCGGAAGAUUGCAGCAACAACAAUAGUAAUAAUCAUAAUUCCUCGAAUGCCUUCAUGUCCGGAAAUCUUGGAUUCGAAAGGUUAGAUGACGAGCAGCUCAUGUCCAUGUUCUCCGACGACAUGUCGUUGUCGAUGCCGCCGUCUUCGUCAAACCCAUCAACACCGUCAGAUCAGAACAGCAAUAAUGAUGAGAAACCAAUGAUGAGAUUAGAUAAAAAAUACCAUCAUCAACAACAACAACACAAAAAUGAGCAGCAACAACAGGCCAAGGCUGAGCCAGAAGAGGUGGAGAGUUCAUGCAAGCAAGAACCACCAACACAACAGCCUCCCACAUCUUGUAAUGGUGACCCUGUCAUUAUCGAUCCUAAGAGGGUUAAAAGAAUCUUGGCAAAUCGUCAAUCUGCACAAAGGUCAAGAGUGAGGAAGUUACAAUACAUUUCAGAGCUUGAACGUAGUGUCACAACAUUGCAGACGGAAGUAUCAGCAUUGUCACCAAGAGUAGCAUUUCUGGAUCAUCAAAGAUUGAUUCUAAAUGUCGACAAUAGUGCUCUAAAGCAAAGGAUUGCCGCAUUGGCACAAGACAAGAUUUUCAAAGAUGCUCACCAAGAGGCAUUGAAGAAGGAAAUAGAGAGACUAAGGCAAGUGUAUCAUCAACAAAACCUCAAGAAGAUGAACAACAACAACGGCGGCAGCAAUGUAGGAGGAGGAGCAGCAGCAAAUCAAGAAACUGUACAGUGUACGGAGAAGGAGAGCUUCUCCUGAGCUGAGUAAUAAUAUUUUAUUUUAUUUUUUAAUUUGGUAGAGUAAAGAUGUGAGGCCAAGGUGAAAUGAUCUGGUGCUAACCUGGGCUAUCACGUGAUGUGUCUCUUUAGAGUGGGGCCCCUGAAAAGCUUGUGAGAUUGGACUUAGAGGGUUUGACAAGGACACGUGGACUGCUAAGAUAGGGUGGUGACAACAACGAUUUUUCUUUUAUUUAUUUUUUCUAUUCUUUGGUUGGCUGAUAUUUUUGUUUAUUUUAUUAUUUUUAGUGAUUAAAAUGAGUGAAUUUGCUGAUGAUAAUAUUUUUUUUGGUCGGGCCAUAGAUGGCAGGUUGUUUGGGAGUGGGAUUGGGAUUGUCUUGGAUACAUGGAAAAGGGGAGUUUGUCAGGGAUAUCGAUUAUUGCUUUGUUUAUUUUAUUUUAUUUUUUUCCAUUUUCUAGGGCUCAAUAAUGUUUUCUGCAUUUUAUUUUUCUUUUCUUUUGGGAAAUUGUAAAAAGAUUUUAUUUUCUUUCUGAAAUUCAUGCUUAUUUCAUCAAUUACAGACUGUAAUAUCAUUGUCGUUAAGAUGAAAGAAGCGGAAGUUAAAGCUUAGUUACUAAAAGUUGGGCUGAUUUUAGCA